UACUAACCGCCCUACGCACUCCUCACUUGUCUACACUACAUAUAUUUCAUCUUCUCCAACUUCUUCUCAACCAUUAUCCACCAUCAUCUAUCUACACCACAAAUGGAUAACCCUACAGGCACCAUCAUCUUCACCACCGUCGGCCGCCCACACUACGGCUUCGACAUCUUCUCCACUCCACUACCUCCCACUCUCACCGACUUCUCCUCUCCUCCCUCCGAACACCGCCUCACCGACGGCGUUUCCAUCAAUUUCAAUGCUCAGUUCGUUGGAACUGACGAUAACAACCACAGCAGCAUCGUCUACGUCUCCGAGAGAACCGGCUCACCUAAAAUCUACCUAGACUCAGACCUCUUACCUUCUGCUCCGGCGAGCCUGUUUCACGACCGUCCGAUCAUCAAAAACAACCGUCUGUUCUUCAUAUCCGCUCACGAACCGCCUGAUUCACCGUUCAAAAGCUGGUCUGCACUUUACACCGUUAAUUUAGACGGUUCCGGUAACAGUAAGGUAACUCGAUUGACGCCGUACGGAUGUGUUGAUUACAGUCCGUCAGUUUCUCAAUCCGGUGACCUCAUCGCCGUCGCAUCGUACGGUUCUCGCCGGUGGAGCGGUGAGUUUCAUCAUCUAGAAACGGAUAUUGUGGUUUUCCGGCUAAGUGAUCCGAAUAAGCGCUGGAACGUUUGUUCGCUAGGCGGUUGGCCUACGUUUUCCGGCGAGAGUACUAUUUACUUCCACCGGCAAGCAGACGACGGUUGGUGGAGCAUUUUUGUUGCAGAGUUACCGUCAGGUUUUGACGUUCACGUAACCGCUCCACGACGUGUGACUCCUCCUGGUGUUCAUUGUUUUACACCGGCUGCUAUGCAUAACCGCCGGCAAAUCGCCGUCGCGACACGGCGGAAGAGCGAAAACUACCGGCAUAUCGAGAUCUACGACCUCGAUUCUGAAAAGUUUUAUCCGGUAACGAAGUUGUUAAACCCUAAAUUUCAUCACUAUAAUCCGUUUGUUUCUCCGAACAACGGUUAUCUUGGUUAUCACCGGUUUAGAGGUGAAACUGAAUCGAGUGUCAGUGACUGUGAAUCAAUUGUUCCACACUUAAACCUAGUUUCAUCUCCGAUUAACGAGCUUAGAAUGUUAAGACUAAACGGUGCAUUUCCGUCGUUUUCUCCAAACGGAGAUCUGAUAGCUUUCAAUCCUGAUUUCGAUUCAAAAGCCGGUUUAGAUAUCGUGAAAUCCGACGGUUCAAAACGGUGGAGAUUGUUAAACGGACGAACAACAUUUUACAAUUCGUGGAGUCCAGUUGAAAAGAACGUGAUAUUCACAUCAAUCGGACCGAUAUUUGAUACUGUUAAAGCUACUGUGCAAAUCGCUAGGGUUUCGUUCGAACUAGAACAACUCGAAAACGAUGUAACAGAUGAUGUAAUAGAUGUAAAAGCUGAGGUUAAGAUACUUACAAGAGAAGAAACCGGCAACAAUGCGUUUCCGUCAUGUUCGCCUGACGGAAAACGGUUAGUGUUCAGAUCUGGACGGUCAGGACACAAAAACCUGUACAUAUUAGACGCUGUUGACGGAGAGUUUAACGAACACGGAAUCCGGCAAGUAACCUACGGUGAAUGGAUCGAUACGAUGCCGAGCUGGUCGCCGGACGGUAAGCUAAUUGCGUUUUCAUCAAAUCGGCAUAAUCCGGCGAACGUUAAUGCGUUUAGCAUCUACGUAAUGUGCUCCAACGGGAGUGACGUACGGCGGAUAUAUGUUGCCGGAGAGGAAGGAUCUGAGGAGGUGGAUAGAGAGAGGAUUAAUCAUGUGUGUUUCAGUGGCGACGGUGAGUGGUUGUUGUUUACGGCGAAUAUUGGCGGAGUGACGGCGGAUCCGGUGUCAUUGCCGAAUCAGUUUCAACCGUACGGUGAUUUGCAUGUGGUGAGGUUGGAUGGUAGUGGUCUCCGGCGGCUGACGUGUAACGGUUAUGAGAAUGGAAUUCCGGCGUGGUUUCAUGGUGGUGGUGAAAAGGAGUUGGGGUUGAAUAGUGUGGGUGAGAAGUUGUUGGGUCAGUUUGAUGAACCGCUUUGGAUCAGCUGUGAUAUUUAAUGGGUUUUUCAAAUGUGUUAAAAACCGGUUUAAACUGACUUUUUUGUAUCGGUUGAACCGUCUGUUAAAACCGAUUAAAUCGCACAGUACACCCGGUUGAACUAUCCGAUACACAAGAUAUAUUGUUUGGAUUUUAAAACAUUGGGUUUUUGUGAUUUUUGUUUAUAGAAAAUUUCAAAUAAGUCAUGUCAUAAAUGUGAGUUUUGUAUUCUUGUAUUUGCAUUUGGCCUCCAUCAAACAUGAAUAAAAUGUUUUUUUUAUUUUUUUUU